CAGACUAACAAUGCCCCUUCAACCAUCUCGCGUCAACGCCAGGCAGCUAGAUAAAAUGUUGUCGUAUUAUGAAAAUGCACACAUGUCUCGUCCAUGACAGAUACAACCAUUAUUCCCAGCCAGCUUCUUUGUUGCACUUCGUCCCAUCUGAGCACCUUGAAGACGCCGCACCCCACCUGCGACCUGCCUGACUGACGCAUCGAUACCUAUAUGCUUCUGCCUCGCUAUACACGGUGUGAGACUGUAAGGAAAGAUACGGGUCCAAACUGUCCUAGAAAGAACAACAAUCGGCGGCCCCGACGCGUCGCGCGCGCAUACAGGCGGCCACACCAUGUCCUCUUCGCGGGUGCCUGCGACGCCGCAUAACGUCGAGCAGAUCACCCGAAUUGCUCAGGAUUAUGAGUACAACCCUGCGAUAGCGUUGAAAUACUGGCUGCGGACGGCAAACUCGUUAGUGAAGGAGGCGGAGAUCUACGAACGAGAGGGCCAUGACGAGCAAGCCUAUCUACUACUUUUCCGGCACGCGCAGCUAGUCCUAGUGAACCUAGUCAACCAUCCAAAUGCGAAAGAUGAGCCAAACCGACAAGGACUCGUGGCAGCGGAGAAACAAGUCAAGAUUAACAUUGAAAAGCUAGAGGCGCUAAAACCCCGCAUCAACAAGCGAUAUGAGCGUCACAGGCAGUUGAUGCUUGACCGCGAAUCGAGGAAGGUGAAGUCGGCUCAUUCUCAAAAUGACUCAUUCCAGCUUCGCAAUCAGGGUCUCCUCCCAGACCCCGCUCUGUCUGAUGCAGCACAGCCUUUGGAGGCGGGGGAAAAUAAAGAGCUUGCAGUCAAGAUUGCCCAGAAGGAGAUAAAUCGCAGGGCUACUGUGAGACGAGAGAGCAGACAAGCUGCAAUCUCCCCAGAAGAAGAGCGCAUAAGACGGACUGGCGGAAUGUGGGGAGACUGGGAGCGUGCUCUAGGACGACAGGAUGAUAUCAGUCACCGAAUCCAGGAGGUCAGAUUGCAUAUUGACGGACCAUCAAAUGGGGACCCUUUGCCUCGUCAAAACCUGGCUACGAGAAAUGCGAAUUCGACCUACAAAUACCCAAUCGUACCGCAACAAAGGCCUUUCAAUGCCCAGACACUCACUGUCCCCAAGUCGUUGUCACAAGAAAUCGAUACACACCCUCCUGUACGCCCGGCAAAGGAAUAUAUUCAGCCGAAGAUCACCUAUGAACAACCGCCCCUUCUUCCUAACAAAAUCACCUCGAGUGCUCCCCCGGUUCCACAGAAAGAAAAACCAGCUGUUGCAGAAGCUCCAUCUAACCAAUCCGACCUCAACCCAUCCACCUUUACCUUCAAGCCGUCCGCCUACCUCGAAAACGGAACUCCUUUACGAACAGUGUUUUUACCUCCUGAUCUUCGCAAUCACUUUCUCGCUCUUGCCGACUCCAACACACGACGGAAUUUGGAGACAUGUGGCAUUCUAUGUGGCACCUUGAUAUCAAACGCAUUGUUUGUCUCCAAGCUACUUAUUCCCGAGCAGGAGUCCACAUCUGACACCUGCGAGACCGUAAACGAAACCGCAAUAUUUGACUACUGUGACUCGGAGGAUCUAAUGGUCCUUGGCUGGAUCCAUACUCACCCUACGCAAACAUGUUUCAUGAGCUCACGCGACUUGCACACGCAUUGCGGGUACCAGGCCAUGCUGCCAGAAAGCAUUGCCAUUGUCUGCGCUCCAUCCAAGGACCCCAGCUGGGGAGUAUUUCGACUGACAGAUCCCCCAGGCUUGAAAUCAGUCCUCGGCUGUAAACAGACAGGACUGUUCCAUCCCCAUGCGGAAUCAAAUAUCUACACUGAUGCGCUACGGCCUGGGCAUGUGUUUGAGGCGCAGGGGCUGGAAUUCGAGACUGUUGAUCUUCGUCCAGGUAUCUGAUCACCUAUCCGGAAAAUGUACGCCGUGCAUGGUUCUAUAAUGAGUUGCGAGUCGGGGGAGAUAGAGCAUACGACGUUAUGUAUGAUGAAUAAUAUACCAAUGAUAUACCCAUAUUACUGCUCAAUACAAU